AUGUCAAACACGAAAAAUACAAACAACUUUUGCACCAAUGAAAACGACAACGAGGCAAAUAGCCGAGUAGAGCGAUAUGUGAAAAUAGGCAGAGAUUAUCCAGCGAGUUUUUUAAGAACUUUAUGGAAUCGAACGCGCGUAAUCUCGGCAACUGAGACGGAAAGUGUAUUCGAGUUAGAUGUGACCAUGGAAGAAUGUAAUUUAUCGGGUAAUUUGCACGGUGGGUGUAUUGCUAGCAUAGUGGACACGUUGUCAACUGCAGCAUUAAUGGGUAUACAUAAUAAUGAUAUAAAAAGGGAACAAGAAUGGUUGGCCUGGAGUAUCGACCGAUCUCACAAUAGCGUAUAUAUCACCGGCAUCUUCUGGGGAUACUAUUCGUGUUGA